CCACGCUAACGGAAACAUCCGUUAAUUCCGGAAACUUAGCCGAAGCUAAGCUAUUCUACGACAUGUAUCAUCAUCAUAGACUCAUAGUCCAGCGAGCAAAUAACAUUGUUAUAAGUUUUUUUAUAUUUAUGAAAAACGGUAAAUAAUAGCAGUCAUGGAUGCUUCGUUACCGGGCGGCAGUCGGGUGGAUCAGACGCCGGGCGAUGGGAAAUCAUGGACGACCACGUUCAAAGAGUUGGGAAUGCAGGCGACACAGAAUUUCGAUCCGCUAAAGCAGUUCAAGGCACACUUCUGCGGAUUCGCAUUCUACAAUGGGCAACCGAACCGGCAAGUGGAGUUGCACCACUACGUGGCAGCCAUCAACGACGACGUCUUCCAGUGCGCCGUCUUCGACUCCCCGGACGCCGGCGCCCGGCUGAUCGGCAUCGAGUACGUGGUCACCGAGAAGAUCUUCUGCAUGCUGGACGAGGAAGAGCAGAAGUUCUGGCAUAACCACGCGUUUGACGUCAAAUCCGGCAGCUUCAUCGCGCCGGGGCUUCCAUGGGCCCUGGAGAAAAAGGUCAUGGCCGACAUGAUGCCAACGUACGGGAAAACGUUCAUCCUGUGGCAGACGGAUCGCGGCGAUAAACUGCCGUUGGGACCCCCACAGCUGAUGAUGACCGCCAACGCCGACGGGCAGUGGCAGGACAAGCUGUUCCGGACACGGGAGCAGCGCCGCGGGGCGCACUACAAGUUCGCCGACAUUCUGACCAACCGCGAGGAGAUGGUGAUGCCGCCCAUCCAUCCCGGCUGCGAUCAGUGGGCGACGGAUCUGCUGGCGCUGCAGUGCAAGAUGGAGCGCGUCAUCAGCGAGGAUUACAAGGACUGAAUUCUAAUCUGAACUGGGAAUUACAGUUGUAUGAAAUUAUGUACUGUUCAAUUCGUAUUUGUAAAUUACAACCAUAAGCUCGUAAAUCAUUUCUAAAUUCCGAAUACAAUUGGUCUAUAUUUCUGAAUAACUAGUUGAAGCGGCGUGAUCUUUACCGGUUAAUAAUAAAGUAUCUGGCACUCAGAAUAUGUAUUGCAUUUACC